AUGCCCACUCAGUGGGUAGACUGGUCGAAAACGACCCGGUCGAAAGACUACCGCGGGUCCGGAUCCUUCGCAACCUUUCUGAUCAUCGGCCCGGUAUGCUUCUGCCUCGGCAUGCUCUUCGCCUCCUUCCCCUACGACUUCCCGCUCCUCUGGACGUCAGACCCGAUCCCGCCGUCCUACCUCGACCACCUCGAGACCCAUCUACGGUUCAUGCACCAGUCGCCCCCCCUAAUCGCCCGCAUGCUGCACAUCAUCGCCUUCGUCGGUUUCCUGGGCUUCUUCAUCAAGCUCUUCCGCCCCUCCGAAGCCAACGUGCUCUUUGACGGCGGCAGCCUGAUCUUGUACGUCAUUGGUGCGGGCGUCUACCUCAGCAACAUCGUCAAGGGCAUGCGGGCAGUCAGCCAACCCGGUGGACUGGCGGCGGCGGCGGCCGUGUCCGGAGCCGGGGACAGGACGGAGAGGUUCGAGGGCACGGUGCACAGCGGUCCGCUGACGGGCGAGGUGGUGCUGGGUCGGGAGGAUAGUCUCCGGGUGCUGAGCGCCAGCCAUGUGAUCCUGGCGCUGGUGUUGGUUGGGGUGCUGGUGCUGCAGGCCGGGCAGUGGUAUGCCGAGCGCAAGGAGGCGGACGAUUACGCCAAGGCGGAGCGGGAGGCGGCUGAGAGGAAGGCCGCUGGGGCGGCGGUCGCCGGGAAGAAGAAGGUGUGA